GUGAUCCGCCCACUUUAGCGUCCCAAAGUGCUGGGAUUACAAGCGUGAGCCACAGCGCCCGGCCCAGCGUACAUUCUAAGAGUGGAUUUUCGGUUAGCCCAAAGCCCUUUCUCCGUCUCUGUGACCUCCUCGUGUUACCAGUGACAGUCCUCGUGAUCCUGUGUGGCCUUGACCUUGCUCCCUGUUGCGUCCUUUAUAGCAUCCAUUACGUUCCCUAUAGCAUCCAUUACGUCCCCUGAAUCCUCAGGACCACUGUGCUCCGGUGUCUUCGCAGACCUGCAGAGGCGGUGGCGAUGCUGUCGGGCAUGGAGACGGCGGCAGGGGAAUACGAGGACUCGGAGCUGCGGUGCCGCGUGGCUGUGGAGGAGCUGAGCCCGGGCGGGCAGCCGCGAAGGCGCCAGGCCCUGCGCACCGCGGAGCUGAGCCUGGGUCGCAACGAGCGCCGCGAGUUGAUGCUGCGACUACAAGCGCCAGGGCCCGCGGGGCGGCCGCGCUGCUUCCCUCUGCGCGCCGCGCGCCUCUUCACGCGUUUCGCCGGGGCCGGGCGCAGCACCCUGCGGCUCCCGGCCCACGGCGUCCCUGGGGCCGGCGCAGUGCAGCUGCUGCUCUCGGACUGCCCCCCAGACCGCCUGCGCCGCUUCCUGCGCACAUUGCGCCUCAAGCUGGCUGCGGCCCCGGGUCCCGGGCCGGCCUCCGCCAGAGCGCAGCUGCUGGGCCCAAGGCCCCACGACUUCGUCACCAUCAGCCCUGUGCAGCCCGAGGAGCGGCGGCUCGGGGCGGCCACCCGGGUUCCGGACACUACGCUGGUGAAGCGGCCUGCGGAGCCCCAGACUGGGACCGAGCCUAGCACAGAAGCCCCAAGGUGGCCCCUGCCUGUGAAGAGGCUGAGCUUGCCCUCCACCAAGCCACAGCUUUCUGAAGAACAAGCUGCUGUGCUGAGGGCCGUCCUGAAAGGCCAGAGCAUCUUCUUCACUGGGAGUGCAGGAACAGGGAAGUCAUAUCUGCUGAAGCGAGUCCUGGGUUCACUGCCCCCCACAGGCACUGUGGCCACUGCCAGCACUGGGGUGGCAGCCUGCCACAUCGGGGGCACCACCCUCCAUGCCUUUGCAGGCAUCGGCUCAGGCCAGGCUCCUCUAGCCCAGUGUGUGGCCCUGGCCCAAAGGCCAGGCGUGCGGCAGGGCUGGCUGAACUGCCAGCGGUUGGUCAUUGACGAGAUCUCAAUGGUGGAGGCAGACCUGUUUGACAAACUGGAGGCCGUGGCCAGAGCUGUCCGGCAGCAGAACAAGCCAUUUGGAGGGAUCCAGCUCAUCAUCUGUGGGGACUUUCUGCAGCUGCCACCUGUGACCAAGGGCUUCCAGCCCCCACGGUUCUGCUUCCAGGCCAAGAGCUGGAAGAGGUGUGUGCCAGUGACCCUGGAGCUGACCAAGGUGUGGAGGCAGGCAGAUCAGACCUUCAUCUCUCUACUGCAGGCCGUGAGGCUGGGCAGGUGUUCAGAUGAGGUGACCCGCCAGCUCCAGGCCACAGCUUCCCACAAGGUAGGGAGAGAUGGGAUUGUGGCCACGAGGCUCUGCACCCACCAGGAUGACGUGGCCCUCACCAACGAGAGGCGGCUUCAGGAGCUGCCAGGUAAGGUACACAGAUUUGAGGCUAUAGACAGCAACCCUGAGCUGGCCAGUAUCCUGGAUGCCCAGUGUCCCGUUAGCCAGCUCCUUCAACUAAAGCUGGGGGCCCAGGUGAUGCUGGUGAAAAACUUAUCGGUGUCUCGGGGCCUGGUGAAUGGCGCCCGAGGGGUGGUAGUCGGGUUCGAGGCAGAAGGGAGAGGGCUACCCCAGGUGCGGUUCCUGUGUGGAGUCACUGAGGUCAUCCGCGCUGACCGCUGGACGGUGCAGGCCACCAGGAACCAGCUCCUCAGCCGGCAGCAGCUGCCCCUCCAGCUGGCCUGGGCGAUGUCCAUCCACAAGAGCCAAGGCAUGACCCUGGAUUGUGUGGAGAUUUCUCUGGGCCGUGUGUUUGCCAGUGGCCAGGCCUACGUGGCCCUUUCCCGGGCCCGUAGCCUGCAGGGCCUACGUGUGCUGGACUUUGACCCUGUGGCGGUUCGCUGUGACCCCCGAGUGCUCCACUUCUAUGCCACCCUGCAGCGGGGCAGGGGCCUCAGUCUGGAGUCCCCAGAUGAUGAUGAGGCAGCCUCAGACCAGGAGAACGUGGACCCAAACCUCUGAGCCUCACCUGCAAAGAGAAGACAAAGGGUGGCCUCCCUGUCCUCCUGCUCCCUAGUGGGCCAGGGCCCCAGGGAAUAACUGGAGGAGGCGGGCAGUGUCCCCUUCUGUAUUUUUUAGGGGCUCUCAGCCUCCUGGCAGGGUUAAAGGGAGAGUGCUUUAAAUCCAUGUACCAGCUGUGCUUCAGUUUGCCCUGGGUGAGUUGCUUCAGGGUCAGAAGUAACCCUUUCUGUGCCAGUUGAGAAAGAGCCUGUGUGGUAGCUGGUGUUAGAGGACAAAGCUCCCUGCAAGGGCUGGACACAGAGCUGCAGAGUUGUGAACAUCCCUCCUUUCGGGCUGCAGAAGGGAGCGGCAAUGAAGACAGGUGCUCUGGAAGCAGCGUCAGGGCUUUCGGAGGGGACCUGGGGGGGACUCAGGCUGGGUACAGCCUCCAAACAGAGAACGGAACUUAGGUAUGUCUCCACGGGUAGGCCCAGCCUAGCCCAGCCCAGAACAAACACCCUUCAGAGCCUAACUGAAGAACAUAAGCUGCAAAAUGUGCACCCAUAUUUUAAGCUGCUUUUUCAAGGGAUAAAUAGUGUUUGGGGACAUUGAAAUGGAUGUUCUCAGGUUGUAUUUAUUUUGGACAAAUAAACUAGAGAAUUGUGUAAAAA